AUGCGUACCAUUAAGUGUGUUGUUGUGGGCGAUGGUUCCGUCGGUAAAACCUGUCUUCUGAUUUCAUACACAACAAAAAACUUCCCCUCUGGCUACCUACCAACGGUAUUUAACUACGCUUUCACGGUUAUGAUUGGUCCCGAGCCAUAUAAUCUUGGGCUGUUUGACACUGCAGGACGGGAUGAUUAUGAACUAUUACGACCCCUUAAUUAUUCACAGACAGACGUGAUUCUUGUCUGUUUCUCAGUGGUAUCUCGAUCUUCAUUUGAAAAUGUGAAAAAAAAGUGGGUACCAGAGAUUACCCGCUAUUGUCCGAAAACCCCUUUCUUGCUUGUUGGGACCAAGACUGAUCUCAGAGAAGAUACGUCUACUCUUAUGACACUUGCCAAAAGAAAACAAAAGCCCAUCGCUCUAGAGACAGCAGAAAAGCUGGCCAGAGACGUGAAGGCUGUCAAAUAUAUGCAGUGUUCCGCGCUCACAAAGAAAGGCCUAAAUGAUGUAUUUGAAGAGGCUAUAAGGGCUGCCAGCAAGCCUAGGGAGCGGAAGAAGAGCUUCGGGUGUGUACUGCUAUGA